AUUUUCCGUGUCCCCGCCUGCAGAGUCAGUGUGCGGUUUGGGAGAAAAUGUGUCGGAUAUUUUGGGGCAGUCACGUGGGCGGGCGGGCUCCGAGAGGCCCCGAGACGGUCCCAGCCUAGAGCCCGUGCUCCCCCCCAAGCCCCCCAUUACCGCGAGCCCCUGACACUGCGACGCUCCAUCCUCGCGACCGCCCGGAGCCGGGACCUCGGGGCUCGGCGGCCUCCCUUCCCCCUCCUCCCUCCUCCAGCAUUUACAGCCCAGUCCCUUCAACCUGACCCAGUAUGUAAGAGGGACUCUCUGCAGGUGGCUGGAGGGACUCUUGGAGACCCAGUGGGCAGGCCAGGAAGGGCGGUCACAGAGCCUCCCAGGCCCGGACAGUGGGCAUGGGCAGGGACUGUGGCUGAAGACCUCUUCUGCCCACUGCAGACCCCAGGAGAUUCAGCUUCCCACACUGCAGCUGCCAUGGCCACUAAUAAGGAGCGACUCUUUGCAGCUGGUGCCCUGGGGCCUGGAUCUGGCUACCCAGGGGCUGGCUUCCCCUUCGCCUUCCCAGGGGCACUCAGGGGGUCUCCACCUUUCGAGAUGCUGAGCCCUAGCUUCCGGGGCCUGGGCCAGCCUGACCUCCCCAAGGAGAUGGCCUCUCUGUCGGUGGAGACACAAAGCACCAGCUCAGAGGAGAUGGUGCCCAGCUCGCCCUCGCCCCCUCCACCUCCUCGGGUCUACAAGCCAUGCUUCGUGUGCAAUGACAAGUCCUCUGGCUACCACUAUGGGGUCAGCUCUUGUGAAGGCUGCAAGGGCUUCUUCCGCCGCAGCAUCCAGAAGAACAUGGUGUAUACUUGUCACCGUGACAAAAACUGUAUCAUCAACAAAGUGACCCGGAAUCGCUGUCAGUACUGCCGGCUACAGAAGUGCUUCGAAGUGGGCAUGUCCAAAGAAGCUGUGCGGAAUGACCGGAACAAGAAGAAGAAAGAGGUGAAGGAAGAAGGGUCCCUUGACAGCUAUGAGCUGAGCCCCCAGUUAGAAGAGCUCAUCACCAAAGUCAGCAAAGCCCAUCAGGAGACCUUUCCCUCGCUCUGCCAGCUGGGCAAGUAUACCACGAACUCCAGUGCGGACCACCGGGUACAGCUAGAUCUGGGGCUGUGGGAUAAGUUCAGUGAGCUGGCCACCAAGUGCAUCAUCAAGAUUGUGGAGUUUGCCAAGCGACUACCUGGCUUUACAGGACUCAGCAUUGCUGACCAGAUCACUCUGCUCAAGGCUGCCUGCCUGGACAUCCUGAUGCUGCGGAUCUGCACAAGGUACACCCCAGAGCAAGACACCAUGACCUUCUCUGAUGGGCUCACACUGAACCGGACUCAGAUGCACAACGCCGGCUUCGGUCCCCUCACAGACCUCGUCUUUGCCUUUGCUGGGCAGCUCCUGCCACUGGAGAUGGAUGACACGGAGACGGGGCUGCUCAGCGCUAUCUGCCUCAUCUGUGGAGACCGCAUGGACCUGGAGGAACCUGAAAAAGUAGACAAGCUGCAGGAGCCACUGCUGGAAGCCCUGAGGCUAUAUGCCCGGCGGCGGCGACCCAGCCAGCCCUACAUGUUCCCAAGGAUGCUCAUGAAGAUCACUGACCUCCGGGGAAUCAGCACCAAGGGAGCAGAAAGGGCCAUUACCCUGAAGAUGGAGAUUCCAGGUCCGAUGCCUCCCCUGAUCCGAGAGAUGCUGGAGAACCCCGAAAUGUUUGAGGAUGACUCCUCGCAGCCUGGUCCCCACCCUAAGGCCUCUAGCGAGGAUGAGGUUUCUGGGGGCCGGGGCAAAGGGGGCCGUAGUCCCCCACCUGACCAGGGCCCCUGACUUCCUCUGCCAUGGGGGUUGGGGCUCCAGGCAGCAGACCGACCAUCUCCCGGACACUGCCAGUGACUGGGGGAGGACCUGCUCUGCCCUCUCCCCACCCCUUCUGAUGAGCUCCUUGUUUUUGCCAAAGUUUCCAGGGGUGCCUCUGUGUUCAUCCCCUUCUUGCUCUAACCAGCUCCCUCUCCAGUCUCGGGAGCCUACCCUGCUGCCACCAGGAGAGAGGGCAGAGGGAUGAUCCUGGGUUUAGACUCUAAAAUCUCAGCACUGCCCCUCAGACACCAGGGUUCGGGCUUCUUAGUGCAGGAGGAAGACCCUGCCAUUCCACAGCGCCUUCCUCUGCCAGGUGCUUAGGCCUCUGGGAGCAAAGAGGAACACUAGAGACCAAAAGAGGGGUGUAGGGGGAGGGCUGUGCUCACCUUCUUGCCCCUGCCCUUGGUCCCUCAUGCUGCGUAAUGCACCUGCUGGGUGCUGGCUGCCCUCUGUGCCCCAUUCUCGUGCCAGGUCAGGGUGGGGCAGGCUGGGCCCUGCAUUUUUGUGGGAGCAGAGGAUGAAACGGAAGGAUGCAGGUACUUUCUGCACCUCUUGGCUUGGGCCAAGGGUUUACCUUGUGCCCUCCGUGAUGAGCCCUGCCCCUAGCCUUGUCAUGUGCCUUGGGCUCCCCCUGCCCCACAUCUCAGCCACCGGGGCAGGGACUUUCCUACACUACAGAGGGGCCAGGGGAUCCCUCUGCCCCUAGUGCCUUCCCUCCUUGACCCCCAGAGCAGCUUGGCCCAGGGAGAGGGAGGUGGGCGCUGCUUAGCCAAUCCUGCCCUGACCCAGAGGAAGCCUCUAUUUAUUUAUUAGCUUUUGUUUACACCCUGGACUUGACCCCUUCCUCCAGGGGUCUUGAGAGGGGGAGCCCAGGGCCCCUGUGAACCCUCCCUUCUUCCUCCAAUCCCCAGUUUGUAUUUAGCUGCCAAAUAAGAUUCCCACUGGCUCCCCUUUUUCUCUGGGGGGGUCAGGGUGCUGUCCCCUCCCCUCUGUUUACAGCUCCCUUCCACCCCGCUGUAUCGCAUAUUGCUGAGUUUUCUAUUUUUGCAAAAUAAAGUGAUUGGAAACUCACGGAUGUGGCUCCCUCUAGGAGGUGGAAGGGGAAAUGGCCAGCUGACCUAGAGAUGGACUUGGUGAGGAGGUGAGCAACCAACCUCCUGGAGUUUGCAGCUGGUUUAGGGGAACCGAGGCAAUAGGAUGAAAUGCAUCUGGAUGGGGGGGGGUAGUCCACAGGGGCCCACCCUGAGUGUUGGCCUCCCAUAGCCACUAAGUGUGGGUUCUUAGAUUGGACCUUUUCCUCUGGGAAGGUGUGGAUGGGCCUUUGGAGGUCUUUAAGCUGCCCCCAACACCAGCGAUGUGCGUAUCUGCCUUUCGCUGGGGAGGGGUUCAGUGAAGUUUCAUUUGGAUCUCAUGAGGGUCCCUAGCCCCAGGAGAAGAGAACCACAGCUUGCACUGAAGUUAUAGUGUUUCUGUUUUAUACGAAACCCUCCAUGAACUCUCCCACCCUCUACAACCCCACCGUGAACUUAAGGAGUCACUCCGUCUUCCACUUCUGACCCCACUCUACCCCAUGACCUCCAUUCACCCUCCAUUACCCCACUGUCUCCUUCAGCCCUAAUGCUCUCAUUGCCCCUACAUGCCUUACCCUGCAAUACCCCCAACCUCAGCCCCACUGCCUUUGGCGUCUACCACUGUGUCCGUGGACUGUCUUCCUGUGGCUCUGACUUUUCCUCACUCCGCGCCCGGGCCCCGCCUUCUUCCCUGGGAUUGCACUGCCUACCUGUGCCUGGCUUUCUUCACCAAUGACCUGAGUGUGGGAGAGAGGUUGAGGAUGUGGGUGUAGGAGAGGAGAGAGGAGGGGAAAAGCAGAAGAAGAAAGUGAAAGAAGCUCCAGCGGAAACCACAGGGCUUGUAGGGAGGGUGGGGUCGUUGCCACGGUAACCCCUGGCUUUGGGGGAGGGGUAGGCUGAAGAAGUCCACCCAGAGAAGGAGCCCCUGCUCAGGCUACGCUGUUGCGCUGCUCUUCCAUGCCAGAGUGCCCCGGUGAGACUGGCACUUUGCUAGGCGCUCUGGCUCCAGCCGGUCCUUGCCCACCAGCAGGGCCCCUUCUGGUAAAGGAGAGACCUAUGGACACAGACCAUGUCCAGUUCCUCUCAAAGCUUCCCGUGGUCAAAUGUGCGCAGGCCGGGGGAGAAUAUUUUCCACCAGCCCUUCUCCCUGCCGCCUUCUUCUGUGCUCUGUGCCAGCUCCAGCUACCUUUUCUACAUUCUGCUUCUCCCGGUUCACCUCCACCCCUUUCCGAGGCUCCACCACUAUCUUGGCUCUUUGGCCCUGUCUCGUUCUGAACCUUGGCCCUGUGGCUCUCUUUCCCACUUCAGCUGUCUUGACCUUGAAUUUCUCAAAGCCUCUCCACCUCUCACCUCCAUUGCUUCUCAUGCACUGAUUCUCUUAUCAAGUCCAUAGUUUGUUCUCUUCUAAGCAAUUGAUGUGACAUCGCAUUUAAUUCUCACAGCAAUCCUCUGAGUUCCACUCUACCCAUGAGAAGGCAGCUUACCUGAGAUCCUGCCACCAAUCCCUCUAUCAUCAACCCCCUUGGCCCAGUUCCACCCCUAUCUGCUCCACCUUCUCCUAGAUCAGUCACCCCCACUACCCCCAAAACCUCCCCCCACCCUGGGGCGUGUCACUUCCUCCUCCACAGCCUCCCAGAUCAGUACACAAAGGCUGCCGCUGCCUCCGGAGGAAGGGCUGCUUUGCACGCACCUGUGAGUAUCAGGGCACCAGCCCCCCUGCCUCCUCUCAUUACCAGCCCAGGCUCCACUUGGUCCCAACCUCCUGGGAAGAGGGCUCCAACCUGAAGAUACCCAGGGUUCAGCUGAGACUUGAGAGAGGCUCUGAACUCCUUUCUGCAUGCCUAAGAUCCCCCAUCCCUUUUCCCUCCGCCAGCUUCACAAGCUCUCCUCCCACCACCUCUCUUUUGGAUCAGUUUCCCAAGAGUGGCGCUGGAGAGAGGGAAAGGAGGUGGGGGGUAUGAGUGCCAUCAUUUGAAUGCCUGCCAUGUGCCAAGGAUUGUGUCAAGGUAGGGUUCUCCCAAUAUUACUCCCAGCUGCCAUCCCUGCUGCCUAGUGGCGAGAGCUCUGCUCAGGCCUUCUCCCAUUGAGCACCUUGGCCACAGAUCCCACACUCCUGCAAGACUGUGGCCCAGUGGUUCAGUUCUGUCCCCUCCUUGUGACUCAGAGGGCAGCAAGAGUUCCGCUUGAUUUGGGAGAUCUGGACGGGUUGGGUCUGCAGCUCUGUUUCUUAGGGGCUGAGGGGGCAAUAGGGUAUGUAUUACAGUUAGAAUUGAGUCCAGGAAGGUGGACAACCAUGGAGGGAGAGAAGGGAAGACUGAAGACCCCCAAAGAAAGAGAACAGGGAUUAGGUAGAGACCACUUGUGCUAGUGGGAAGAUGGCACAACUGUCUAUGAUGAUGGUGCCUGGGUUGCAGGGAAGGAAAGCAGCAAACAAGCCAAGAGGCUGGCCUGUCUCAGUCCCUGUUCUGCCUCUUGUUCUCUAUGUGACUUUGGGCAAGUCACUUACUCCUCUGGGAUUCAGGUUUCCUUUUGUAAAAAGAGGGAGUUGAAGCAGAAAAGCCUGCCAUUCUAUGGUUAGGAUCAGAGGGUAAAAGGAAGUCAAAGAACUAUGAAGAAGUGGAGAAGAGGGAAGCAGCAAGGAAAUGUAAUCAGAUUUUUGAAUAGGAAGGGGAGAGAGAGAAAGAUUAAGAGAAGCAGGUGGCAGGUCAUGUAUCCCCAAGGAGGAGAGAAGGUAGGAGAACUGGAAGAAGGAAGGGCUGUCCAGGGAGUCCCAAGGUCCUCAUAGAGGAAAUGAGUGAGGCUUGAGAUCUCCGGGUUUGUUCUAUCCUGGAACCAGCGUGGCCUGGGGCUGCACUUGCAAGAGAUGAGUCAAAACUGGGCUUCAUGAUGCUUCAGCUUCAGCCACCCUGACCACAGAUGUGCAGAGCACACAGGGCUGAGGUUACACUGAGGCUGAGGCCAAGGCCAUCCUCUUACAGGAAGGUGGAGGCUCUGUGACCCAUAUACAUGUACACCUGAGGUCACAGGUGGUGGGGAGCAGGAUGGGGGUGGUCAACAACUUGGCACCCCACCCUUUCCCCACACUCCUUUGCACAGCUCGUGGAUCUGAGUCUAGCCCAGACUGAGCAGGAUGCAGAUGCUUCAUGACAAGGAUUUGGCUGGCCUUACUUACACACCACUGAUGGAGAUAGAAGCUGGCACAAUCCCUAAGGAGGUUAUGCCGUUAACAGUCACCAGUAUUACAAAUGGUACCUAUUUAUUGACCCUACAAAUCCUCUUCCAGGGAUUUACCCUACAGAUGUGCUUGCACACAUGUGAAAUGAUAAAUACAUGAAUUUUCAUUGUAGCAUUAUUUAUAAUAGUGAACAAUUGGAAGCCAUUUAAAUUCCCACUGUAAGAGACUAACUACAAUAUGAUACAUGCAUGCACUGGAAAUCUAUAUGGCUGUGAAAGUGCACAAGCUCUUUUCCUGGGCAGCAGGAUAUCCAUGAAAAAUAGUUAAAAGGAAAAAAAUUAAGGCACAAAACUGCCUAUAUUCUAGAAUUGUGAUGGUAGAUUUUAUUCUACUAUUUGAAGUGUGUAUAUAUUCAUAUUAGUUUGUGUAUACACAAAAUCUCUAGAAAGAUUAUAAGCAACAAGAUAAUAACAAAUGGUGGUUUAUUCAUUUGAAGUAGGUGUGUAAACUAGGGGUUGGGGAGUAGGAGUGGGAGAUUACUCAGGUCUUAUUUAGCUUUUUAAUAUUUUUGUAUUGUGGUAAAAUACACAUAAAAUGUAUCAUUUUAGCCAUUUUAAGAACACAAUUCAAUAGCAUUAAGUACAUUCAGAGUGUUGUGUAGCCAUAACCAUUAUCUAGUUCCCUAAUUUUUUCUUUACCCCCAGGGAAACUGCCUGUCCAGCAGUCAUUUCUCUUCUCCAACCCCUGGCAACCACUGGUCUGCUUUUUGUCUCUGGAUCUGUCCAGCCUGGCUAUUUCACAUAAAUGGAAUCAUACAACAUGUGGCCUUUUGUGACUAGUUUUAUUCACUUAGCAUGAUGUUUUCCAGGUUUGUCGAUGUGAUUGUGUGUCAGUACUUCAUUCCUUUUUAUGGCCAGACUGUUAUUUCAUUGUGUGGGUAUACCACAUUUUGCGUGCCCAUUCAUCAAUCGGUGGACAUUUGAAUUGUUUCUACCUUUCAGUUACUGUGAAUAGUACUGCUAUGAACAUCCAUAUACAGUUUUGGCUUGAACACCUCUUUUCAAUUCUUUUAGGGAUAUACCUAGAAGUGGAGCUGCCAAGUCAUAGGGGAAUUCUAACUCAUUUGAGGAAUCACCAAACUGUUUUCCACAGUGGUUGUAUCAUUGUCACAUUCCUACUAGCAGUGUAUGAGGGUUCCAUUUUCUCCAUACCCACAUCAGCACUUAUUUUCCUUUUCUUCCUUUUUUAUUUUUUAUUAUAGACAUUCUCAUGGUGUAAAGCGGUAUCUCAUUGUGGUAUUUGAUUUGCAUUUCCCUGAUGACUAGUGGUAUUGAGUAUCUUUUUAUGUGCUUGUUGGCUAUUUGUCUAACUUCUUCAAAGAAAUGUCUAUUUAAAUCCUUUGCCCAUUUAAAAAUUGGGUUGUCUUUCUGUCAUUGAGUUAAGAGAUCUUUAUAUAUUCUGAAUGCUUACCAGAUAUAUGAUUUGCAAAUAUUUUCUCCUAUUCUGUGGUCUGUCUUUUCACUCUAUUGAUAGUGUCCUUUGAUGUACAAAGUUUUAAAUUUUUAUUAAGCACAAUUCACUAUUUUUUUAUUGUUGCUUGUGCUUUUUGAUGCCAUACCUAAGAAUCCAUUGUCAAGUCCAAGAUCAUGAGGAUUUACUGCUAUAUCUUUUCUAAGAGUAUAUAGUUCAAGCACUUAUAUUUAGGUCUUUGAUCUAUUUUCAUUUAAUUUUUGUAUAUUUUGUGAGGAAGCAGUCUAACUUCCUUUCUUUAUGUGUGGAUAUUCAGUCAUCCCAGCACCAUUUGUUGAAGACUAGUCUCUCCUGUUGAAUGGUUUGGCACCCUUGUGAAAAAUCCAAACCAAAAGAGAUGGAUUUACUUCUGGACUUUCAGUUCUAUUCCAUACAUCUAUAUGCCUAUCCUUAUGCCAAUACCACACUGCCUUCAUUCCGGUAGCUUUGUAGUAAGUUUUGAAAGUGAGAA